AUGAAAAAAGUUCUAUUUUUGUGCAUUACCAUUGCAGUUCUUUCUACGAUUAUAUUGGCACGACCAGAGAAUGAUAUUGAUGAUUUUAAUGUUGAACAUGAAAUAGCAACAGAGUUCUUAAAACGAACAGUUUUUCAUCCGGGAAAAACUCAAUGUGAAGAGCAAAAACGAGAAGCAUCUGAAAAAUAUGAAGAACGUUGUGAACCGAGUGUGAAUAAAUUAACUGGAUCACGUUAUUGUCCGGAUAUCAAAACAUGGGACGCAUUUCAAAAUUAUGAAGUGGGUGGUGGAUAUGGUCGUUAA